AGAAAAAAUGACGUAUAUUUUAAUAUUCUUAGAUUUAAAUGUUUAAAAAUGCCCUGAAAGUUGUUCAAGUCCAAGUGAUCCCUGUCUAGCUAGCGAAGUGGCGAAGACAACUGGAAUGGAAAUGGUGUUCAAGGUUCCCCCUCUACCUUUACCUAGGAACCAACCCAAGGAAAAGAAAGGUCAACAAUGUACAUCAGGCCAUAGGUCUAAUCUUCAAGGACGAGGAGCAAGCUUUCUCCAAGCUCAAGGUUUAGAUCAGAUAGGAUUAGGUCCUAGAGUCCAACCCUAUAGACAGCGGCCUCAGUUUCCUCUGCAACCCUCUAGUUCUAAUCAGUGUAAUAGCGAACAGACUCUCUCAUCAAUUAAACAUGGAAGUAAAGGCAAGGAGAAUAAGAAGGUUAGAUUUGAUGUCGGGAUUUCUGACAGAGGAAUUAGUAAAAGAAGAGAUUCCAAGGUUUUGACGAAAAGGGUAAAUUUGGAGAAGAUAAUGAAUAUCCCAGCUGAGUCUGUAAAGUGGAGACCAAGCUCAAAUCUAAAGUCAAGCUACGAGGGAUCAGUGGACCCGAUUUUCCACAGAUACAGGGACUUCCAGGAUGUAUUGGCCUUAGAGAUUUCGAAAAGCAUAAUUUCUGUAGAUGAAACAGUUGCAGAAGUAGAGGAAGGAUUUGAUGAAACCCUGAACACUAUAUUUGCGAACACUCUUGAUAUAGAGGGUUACAAGGAAAAGAUAGAGGAAAAUAUUGGUAGAAACUUGGAGAAAAUCUUUAAUCCAAUUAUCUCAAAACUUCAGAACGAUAUUGUGAAUAUGAAAGAGAGAAACCAGACAAUAUUAGAGGGAGUUGUUCAUCAGAGAGAACAAAGUUCUGAAAGAAUAUAUCAGCUAAACUCUCUUCUCUCCAAUCUCUCUCUAUCAGUUGAAUCAAGCAAGAGCAGAAAGAAAAAAGAAGUAAGGAAAGAAGAAGAAAAUAGAAGGUUCAAUCAACUAGAAGACACAUUAGGCACAUCUAACCAGAAAGCUGCUGAUGUUGAGAAAUCCAGAACUGGUAUAGAUGAAGCAGGAGUUGAAGCUUCCGUUGAGGCUAUAGACACUCUAGAAGCCUCAAUUGCUUCAGAGACUCUAGAUGCUCUAAAUGCUAUAGAUACUCCAAAUUCACUGAACUUUAUGCCUGCUUUAGAUGAAUAUCAAACUGACAAGAAUGAAAUACCUGAAAAAGUUUUAAAGUUUUCACCAGUGCCAGGAGGGUAUAGAGAGGAGUUAAUCAACUGGUUGGAUAAUUACUCUCAGAUGACAUAUUCUCCUAAUAUUUAUUUUUCAAACCCAACCCCUUUACAACCUGACAAGAACACUCAACCAGAUAAUCCACAGUCCAAUCUCUGCUCCAACUUGAACCCUCCACAGUCCAACCAGAAACAUCAUCCCACCUCUCAAUUGUCAAAUCAUUGCCCUCCUCCCUCACCUCCAAACUCAAACUUGAGCCCUCCACAGUCCAACAUGAACCCUGAUCCUAGUCCUUCACAGUCCAACCAGAACUCUGAUACCAUACUUCUGCAGUUCAACCAGAACCUUGAUACUAUAUCUUCAGAGUACAACCAGAACCUUGAUACCAUGCCUCCAAGGUUUAAUCAGAACACUGAUACCAUUCCUGCAAAGUCCAACCCCCUACAAUCCAACCAGCACUCUGAUCCCAUCCUCCUACAAUCCAGCCAGGGCCUUGAUCCCCAAUCCCUACAAUCAAACCAGCGCCAUGAUCCCAACCCCCUAAAAUCCAACCUCUGCCCGGAUCCCAACCCGAUACAAUCCAACCAGCGCCCUGACCACAAACCCCUACAAUCCGACUACUGCCCUGAUCCCAACCCCGUACAAUCCAACCAGGGCCCUUACCCCAAACCCCUACAAUCUGACCAGCGCCCUGAUCCCAACCAUCUACAAUCUUUUCCUACUCCAAAUCCCACACAGUUAAGCAUUGUUACACAACCCUCCUUAAACUCUGAACUAUUUAAUGAUUCUAACUCAUCUCCAGAGCUAUCCACAAGAAGUUGCUCAUUUAGCAAAGUUAUACGCAGUAGAAAUAUUCUGAAGACCACAAUGUCCGUAAACCAACCAAUGAUGAAUCAUGGAAAGAAUGGUCGUAAGUUUGGAAACGCCAUCUUCUCCUCCUCUUCAGACGAGAGCAGUGAAAAUAAAAAUGGAGGUCCUCAAGAGAUUAGAGGGCAUGUUGUCAAAACCCCUAAAUCCAGAAUUCAAUCAACAUUAAAUCUUGGAAAAAAUAAAUUGGAAAACUACUGUCUUUCUACAUCUUCAGAAGACAGUGAUGAAAAUGAUCAUUUGUUGCUGGAUGAUCCUGUGAAAGGAGAGGUUGUUAAACAAUCCAAGAAUCAUGAUCAUCAUGAAAUCAGCAAAAGUGGGAGCUACUCUGGAAGGGAUCAUUACGUUCAAAAUACCAAUCCUUUUGAACUGUUGGAUUUCAGUAGUAGUAGUAGUGUUGAACUAGACGAUGAUUGGAAGACAACUGCUCUUCAAGACUCUUCUGAAGAUGAAGUAGAGAAUGAUCUUUCUAUCCUAAAGAUUCAAAUAAACGAUUCAGGAAUGAGUGGGAGAGGAGAAGGUGUUGUAGGGAGAGAUGGCGUAUCAGAGAAAGGAGAAAGUGCUGGAGGGAGGGAUGGUGUAUCAGAGAAUGGAGAAAGUGUUGGAGGGAAUGAUGGCGUAUCCAGGAAAGGAGAAGGUGCAGGAGAAAGGGAUGGCCUAUCCGGGAAUAUUGAAAAGGAAAGAGGUUUAAAAGUGAGAAAGAGAAUUUUUUUUAAUCAGGUUCCGAGGAGAACUGCAGAGCGUGUUCCUGUAUUAACAAAGAGUUCAAGUGAGUCUGACACCGACUGAAUUAUGUUCUCUUGGGAUCUGAUUAGGAUACACAGAAUAUCCUACAAGUUUUCAUGAAAUAUAUUCUCAUGUUCAAUAUAAAGUAGAUGUUCUGUACAUUGUACAAAAUAGUUCGGUUAUUUUUUGGAAAAUUGUAUUUUAAUGUAUUGUAUGUAUUAUGCAACCAAACCUAAAGUAAAUUCUUUAGCAAUUCAAUUAUUAUUUAGUAUAAAAUAGAAUCUGUAUUUUUUUUUUUUUUACUAAAAAUAUAUUGUUUAGCCCUAUUCUUUUUAGACAUAUUCUAAAUUUAAAUAAAAUGUAAUCUGUUAAUUUUUCAAGUAUAACUGUAUAAUCGUAUUUAGUCAUCUGUUAAAUUGUUUCUAUGCAAAUAUCUUUAGAAAUCUGUUGUAAUUAAAACAAUAGUUAAAUUAGUAUUUAGCUCAAUUUUCUAAGAUUCUUUUGGACAAUUUUAACAAUUUUGAAAUUUAUGAAUAAAUAAUAAAUAUGAU